CAGACCACAGCCGCAGGGCUCCCACUGCAGCUCCGAGGAAAAACCUCACACACAAAGCUGCACUGGAGGAGAAACUGCUACCUCACAAGACCACAGGACAAAGAGGAGGAGAAGAAAAGACUGAUCAGACAGAGACGGAGAGGAGGUGAGAAGAAGUGGACCAGUUUCUUUGCUUUUUCUUGGACAGAACUUCCCCAGGCACACGCCGCUUUACGUUCUACUUUUGGAGUCCAUUUAAUAAUUUAUCUUCUGCCUCAUUUUGGUUUGUGGAACACAACUUUGCUUUUUUAAAAAGUUUGAAUUUUAUUUCUAAUCAGAAUUUCUACCCAUCUGGCUUUUUUGGCAAUUCUAGUACCAUUUCAGGACCUGCCUCUAAACUUCACCGCAGUGUGUGUUUGUUUCUUUGAUUUAACUGUGUGGAAGAGUUUUGUUCUUAAGCUACACUACAACUUUAAUUUUGCUGGUGAAUCAUCAUCUCAGAUAUUACUUUUUUCUCUACAAAGAUCCCCUCUAAGGACCUAACGAUGUCAAAUCACAAAAACUACUGAGAAAGAUUGCUCCCCACACAGUAGCAGUAUCUCCAGACAGGACAUUGUGGAGACAUUUGCAAGUUUUUUUUCCUCAAUUUCUUGGGGGAAACAGUCUUUCUUUGGUGAAGUCGACUGGCCCCGUCUGCCCCUGCCUUUACCUCAACCUCAGGAUGGCUGGCUGUACCAGCCGCUGCAGGCAGGGGGUGCUUAAACUAAUCCAGUCCCUGCAGAGAUUGGUCUCAGGAACCCUCACAAAAGAUAAAACAGAUGAUGAGCUCGAGAUGACGAUGGUGUGUCACAGGCCAGAGGGUCUUGACCAGUUAGAAGCCCAGACUAACUUCACCAAACAGGAGCUGCAGAUCCUUUAUCGGGGUUUCAAGAAUGAAUGUCCAAGCGGUGUGGUAAAUGAGGACACAUUUAAACACAUUUAUGCACAGUUCUUCCCUCAUGGAGAUGCGAGUAUGUACGCGCAUUAUCUUUUCAAUGCAUUUGACACCGCAAACAAUGGCUCUAUUAAGUUUAAGGACUUUGUAAUGGGUUUGUCCAUACUGCUGCGAGGAACACUGACAGAAAAGCUCGAGUGGACGUUUCACCUUUAUGACAUUAACAGAGACGGCUACAUAAACAGAGAGGAGAUGACUGAGAUUGUGAGAGCCAUUUAUGACAUGAUGGGCAAGUACACCUACCCUGCACUAACAGGCGACGUCCCACAGCAGCACGUGGACGCCUUUUUUCAGAAAAUGGAUAAAAACAAAGAUGGAGUGGUGACUUUAGAGGAGUUUAUUGUAGCCUGCCAGGAGGAUGAGAUGAUGAUGAGAUCCAUGCAGCUGUUUGAAAACGUGAUGUAGGACAAGAGGACACGAUGGAGACAAGGACAUGGAAAUUGAGAGGGCCUGGUGUGAGUGCGUGUGUGUGGAUGCAUAUGUACAAUACAUCCAGUCCCUCCUCUUCCUCCUCCCAUGUCAUCCAGCUGAGCCCUGGACACAGUCCGAUUCCCCCACAAUGACUCAAAAGAAGGGACUGGAAUGCUUUUAAGCCUUCCUGCUGUUUUCCCACACAAAACCAAGUGACCCAUGUGUAAGAGUUGGAUGUAGAAGACAUCUCUCUCAGUCCUGUCUUGAAGAUCGGCAUGUUAAAGAUGCUCCUACAUUGCAAAGCUGCUCCCAACCAGCAAAGAGCUAUUGUUCAACCAGCAGAACCUUUUUUUUUUUUUUUUUGCCAAAAGACAUUCUUAUUUUGCCAAAAUAUAAUUGCAUGCUUUUGCAAGAAGUUUUGACUUAUCCCCAACAUUUGCCAGAUUUGUUAUGGGAUUUCGGCCAUGAGGACUUCUAUAUUUAUCUCAUGCAUCACUGUUGCAGUGAACCCUUGUACUUUGUGUUGACCUGGCUGUUGCUUAUCUGCUGAGUCUGUCUGAUGCUUGUUGUUAAAGCGUCUGUCUAAAUCUUACAGUAGAAAGUCAAAGACUAAACUGUCUUUUAAUGGCUCUGGUGGUGUGUGCCCAUCUGUCUGUCUAUGUUGGAACUUAGGUUUUAGUGAAAAGAAAGAUAUCGAAUAAUACUUUUAUAUUUUCACCUGCUGCUUUGCUUCUUGUGGUCAAGUUGAUGUUUUGUCAAAAAUGUAAAAAAAAAUAAGAAAUUGUGACAGAUGUGCAUAAAUUUUGGAUUUCAUGAUGAAGUGCCCACAAAACGAAGGUGUUGAAUAAUUAAUCAGGAAGAAACCUGUGAAUCUUUUUUUGCACAGGUGACAAGGGACUAAGGUUUAAUUUUGAGAUGGUGACAUUGAUGAUGUUGAAGUAUUGGUAUGGUAAAAAUUUGCUGAUCUCACGGAUAGGUAUGUUUAUAUAAAAGAAAUGAUGUACCUAUAACUGAGUGAAAAUCCUUAUAUGUGCACACAAACUUGGCCAAAAAAGCUAAUUUGAGAAACUGUCAGAUGGCAACCCAUUUGCCGGAAAAAAAUGUUGGCAUUGUACAUAUCUGCAAAUCAAAGAUAUGUUACACAUGGGUGUUAUUACUUAGAUAAUAUGUUGAAAGUUUAUGUUUCAACAACAUGUUAACAUGUAGUAAGGAUUAGGCACAUAAACCACUUGGUUGUGAUUAGGAAAAGAUUGUUUUCUUGGCUUAAAAUACCUGAUUUUAGGGGCACAAUCUCUGCUAGAAAAACAGUAAUGUCUCAGUGUAAAGAAAACCACUUUUCGUGCCACUAUCUCUGCUGAAAAACACCCACCUUUUGAGGUUAAAAGUCCCAGAAAAUAUAGGGACUGGUUGCUAGCAGCAGGAAAUACAGCGACGGGUUCCUAAAUAUUAGGCACAAUUGCAUGCUGAAAAGCCACUGGAAAAACAGUCACAAGUUCAUAAAAAACAACCACAAUUACGGCUGAAAAGCUGCUGGGAAAACAGCGACAGAUUCCUAAACAUGCACUCGCAUUUGGGUGCUAAAACGCAUCAGGAAAAACAGCGACAGAUUCCUAAAAAUCAUCCACAAUUUCAAGCUGAAAAGCCACUGAAACCAGCAACAGGAUCCCAAAAAACAUCCACAACUGACAUGCUGAAAAGCCACUGGAAAAACAGUGACAGGUUCAUGAUAAACAGUUGCAAUUAGGGCUGAAAAAAAUCCUAAAAAGUUACAGGAAAAAUAGCAACUGGUCAUUAAAAAUACCCAUGUUUUGGGUCUAAAAACCACUGGAAAAACAGCUACAGAUUAAAUAAAAAUCUAGGCUGCUAGUAAAACCCAAUUUUGAUGCCUGAUAAGUAGCUGGAAACACAGAAAUGAUUUGUGAUUGUUGGUCCUGAAUGGUGAUCAGCUUGGGAGGCACCCCCCCUCACCUGGUGACACACCAUCCAUCAUCCCCUCCACAUUCCGAUGACAAAGUCAGUGUAUAUAUUUUGAAAACUUAGGAAAUGUCGAGAUAGGUACGAAACGUGUAAAUUUUGGGUAUUUGUGGUUUGCAACAUACAAUGCCAACACUUUCUUCUGGAAACUUGGCUGCACAUGGUGCUUGCUGGGUCACUCUAAUGAAAUCCUGAGAAAGUUUCUAGCCUUUGCAGGGAAAUACCACUGAAUGUCAGCUUUGGAAUGUGAUAUUUAAUGAGACUGAGAACAGCCCCAUUUGUAUCAGUGAACAUUUGGCACUGUCUCCUUCAUGCAAACCAAAUCUGUGAUGUCACGCUGACGUACGGCUGCAGACAGAACCGGGUGACAGACUCCUGCAGCUGCCUGCAGAUGGUUUUCUGUGAGUCAGAGUUUGAAAGCAUCACCAUAAUAAAAAAACUCACUGGGAUAUAGUAGCACUGAAAUAUUCAUCACCGUUCUUUUUUUCUGUCAGUGGAGCAGCUUUUAUGGUACGUCAUUGUGACAUCACACCCUUUGGUCUCUCAUAUCUUGGUUUGGACAGUUCAGUUAUUAAAUCUCACAAAUAAAAAAAUAAUUCUAAGCCAUAAGAAUAAAAAUGUAAAUUCUUAAAA